GUCUCUAUGGUCCCGGGGAGGAGAGGAGGAGAGGAGAGGAGAGGAGGGGAGGCCGCAGCCAUGGCGGGCAGCGAGGGGCUGCUGUCGGUGGACUACGAGGUGUCCGGCAGGGUGCAGGGCGUCUUCUUCAGGAAGUACACGCAGGGCGAGGCGCAGCGGCUGGGGCUGGUGGGCUGGGUGCGGAACAGCAGCCACGGCACGGUGCAGGGGCAGGUGCAGGGCCCGGCCGAGCGCGUGCGGGAGCUGCAGGAGUGGCUGCGGAAGACGGGGAGCCCCCAGUCCCGCAUCAGCCACGCCGAGUUCCGCAACGAGAGGCCGAUCGCCGCCCUGGAGCACGCCGACUUCAAGAUCCUCAAGUGACCUCGUCCGGAAAGCGGCACCUGCGGCACGAGCCGUCCCCCCUGUUUGUUCUGUCAGCCGGUGUUCAACCCUAGAGAGAUUUAUUUUGUUACUUGCCUAAUUUAUUGUUGUGUUGUACCAUUAGUGUGACUAAACCAUUCAUGUGCUGGCAGGCAAGGAGCUGCUGUGUCUGCUGAAGGGGCCGUGUAGCAGCCAGCCUGUUAUCCUGGGUGUGCGCAGCGUGAGGUUUGGGCUGUUUGUGUGUGUGAAACACAGAAUUUGUCAACGCUGUGCUCAGGUGAAGGAAGGCACAGAGCCGAUGCCAGUCUGACUGCUAAAAGCGCUGCUUUAGUGACCGAAACGCCUCGGAAACGACUUAUUUUGUGCGUUAUCUGCCAAGAGGUUUAUUUUCUAUUUAGAAUAAAAGUGUUUGCAGCUCC